AUGACGCAGCCGAGGCCCGCGGUGACGGCUCGCGGGGCGCUGGGACGCGGCGUGCGGAGCCGGCCGGCAGGGGCAGGCCCCAGGGCCCGGGCGCGGCGGCGGGACAGCACCUACCUUCCCGGCUUCAGGUCCGGGAGUGCGGGGCGCGGAGCCGCCGGAGCGCUGCCUCCCUCCUUCCUACUCCCCCCGCCCCCGCCCCGCAGCGCGACACACAAUACUCGCCGGAAGCGGAAGCCGCGCCGAGAGGCUCGUGUCAGUGGAAGCCGGGGUGUCGGCUGGCCGCCGCGGGAAGGCCUAGCGGUGCCUGCGGGAGGAGGAGUAGGAGGGGGGCCAGAGGUGAGAACCAGCUGGAGGAGUCAAGAGCGAGAAGGGACCUGGAGUGGCAGGUGUCUGAAAUUUGGUCGUCCAGGUGACUGGAGGAAUCCUCUGGAGAAAGAGGGCCGCGCAUGCGCCUGGUUGAGCGCUGAAGCCCCAUUGCCCGCAGGGCGCCGAUGGGCGCCGGGGACGGUGGCUGUCCCGCCAGGCUCCGGGGCCGGCUUUGGCCACGCUCGCUGGUCCCGGGUGGGGCUGGAAGCCGCUGAGGGCACGGCACGGGCGGUUGCGGACUUUGAGCUACACUUAUCCUCUCUUCAGGCCAGUCCAGAGAGAAGGUGGCGAGCUGAAGCGGCGGCCAGUUACGUGGCGGACCUGCGGGUCUCAACUGGCACGUCACUUCCGACUGGUUGAGUUUUAGCUUUUUAACAUUCCAGGAUUAGGUGACCAUUCUGAGGAGGAAGUGUAUUUCAAAGGUCUGUGAGGAAUGUGUUUGCCUGGAGACUGGUUAUUAACAAGGUUUUAUGCUGAAUAUGGAAGGAAAGGUGAGAGAAUGUUUAGAUAAAAAUAUAAAAUUACGUAGGGCGUGUACUAUGAUAUAGAACAAGGGUUGACAAAACUUUUCUAAAGAACCAAAUAAGCUAUAUUUUCUGCUUUGAGGCUCAUACUCUUCCUCUGUAUUUGUAGUGUGAAAACAGUGUUAGAUACCAAAUGAAUGAGAAUUGCUUUAUCCCAAUAAAACUUUAUGUAUGGACACUGAAAUUUGAAUUUCAUAUGUCAUAAGAUAUUUAUUUUUCUUUUGAUUUAACCUCCACUCAUUUAAAAAUGUAAAAACCACUCUUAGCUUGUAGGCCAUAUAAACACAGGUAGCAGACCUGUGUUUACUGACCCCUGACACAGAACAAUAAUGAUGUUCCAGGAUGUUUGAAGGGAGAGUAAUUGGGAACAGAGGUGAACACAAUGCUGUGAUAUCUUAUUUCCAUCUAUCUAUAUAAUAAUACACAAAAUAAUAAUAAUAAAGGAAAUCUUAAAUCUUAACCCACAUUUGUUAUUAAUGACUUGUGAAACUUGGUGGGCUGAGAUUUAUGAAUGUAGUAGGAUACGAGUACAUUCUUUAAACAAAGUGUAUUCCUUGUUCAAAAUUGAAAGGGAUUGUAGUUCAGGAGACAUGGAAUAACCCUGAUAAUGUUGAUUUAUUUAUAUCAAGGCAUUUCCACCACAGGAGUAUGCAGAAAUGCAUUACAGUAAUGAGAUGAAGAAUUAAAAUUAAAAAAAUAUAUAUAUUGUAAUAUAUUUUUUUAAGUUUGUACUUAAAUUCAAUUUAGUUAACAUACAGUGUAUUUUUAGUUUCAAGGGUAGAAUUUAGUGAUUUAUC